AAAAUUUAAACCUGUGCUCUUCUGCUUGUCAAACAGAUGGGUGUUGCUGCUGUUGUGCAUCUUUAUGUCUUCCCUGCUGUACCUUACAAACGAACGCCACUAGAUCCAGAAGAGGUUCAGGACUGUGAAAGAUCUACCAAAUUAUGCGUGGGUCGAAUUGAUGAGAGUGAAAAGCGUCUUAACUUUCCCCAGAGUGUUCAUGAUGUUGUCUUUGGGAGUGGUGAAAUAAUUGUUGAUGACAUGAAGUAUGCAGUUUCACAUGUUGUUGAACCAGUCGAAAAGGGAAUUGUAAAAAUAAAUAAAACUUUCUAUCAGAUAUCUGAAAAUGUGAAACGCAAUCGGGAAUCAAUGAGGAGAUCUAAAGAUGAUAAUUAUCUCAUUCCCCUAAGUUCAUGGACUGGGGAAUUUUCUGAUGCUCACGAUAAUCUUCCUGGAGGCAGUGUUAGUGACAGUGGUUUGCACAGUGUCAAGAGACCGCAAGUCCAAUCCAAAAAUGCAGUAUCCACGACUAAGAUGGGCAGAUAACAUCUAUAGCUAUUUACAAAAGGCAUAUCAAAAUGAUCUUAACAAGGUUAACGUGCUAGGUAAGUGUAUGCCAACUUCAUCAUUCCUAGACAUUUUUCUUUCUCUUCCCCCUUAUGCAGAGUUGUGAUAGUAACCUGUUUUUAUAUAUUGGCGAGAACUUGUGGAGGAGAUCUUGCUGCUUUCUUCUAACUUCAGAAAUGUAUAGAAAAAAUUCUGAUGAAACCUGCAAAUAAUCUGGUCAAAGCUCAGCUGCUGAGUCUGGCGAAUGUACAAAAAUUUAGUUUCCAGAGGUGUAAACUGUGGUUGUUAUACACGUUUUCAUUGUGAAACGAAAGCCGUUCAGCCUGCAUUUGGAAGCUGGCUAGAUUUUCGCUCCAUUUUGGUAUAUUAAAAUGAUUCAAUGAAAAUGUUUGACAAUU